GAAGGAUCAAGAAGGUGGAGAAGAAAAGAAAUCUGUACAAAAGAAAAAAGUAAAAGAGUUAAAGGUGUUGGAUUCAAAGACAUCCCAGAAUCUUUCAAUCUUCCUGGGUUCCUUCCGCAUGCCCUAUCAAGAGAUUAAGAAUGUUAUCCUGGAAGUGAAUGAGGCUGUUCUGACUGAGUCCAUGAUCCAGAACCUCAUUAAGCAGAUGCCAGAGCCAGAGCAGUUACAGAUGCUUUCAGAACUGAAGGACGAGUAUGAUGACCUGGCUGAGUCAGAGCAGUUUGGCGUGGUGAUGGGCACUGUUCCCUCCCUGCGGCCUCGCCUCAAUGCCAUCCUCUUCAAGCUGCAGUUCAGUGAGCAGGUGGAGAAUAUCAAGCCAGAGAUAGUUUCUGUGACUGCUGCAUGUGAGGAGCUGCGAAAGAGCGAGAACUUCUCUAAGCUCCUGGAGAUUACCUUGCUCAUCGGCAACUAUAUGAAUGCUGGCUCUAGAAAUGCUUGUGCUUUUGGCUUCAAUAUCAGCUUCCUCUGUAAGCUUCGAGACACCAAGUCCGCAGAUCAGAAGAUGACAUUGUUGCACUUCUUGGCUGAGUUCUGUGAGAGUGACUAUCCAGAUGUCCUCAAGUUCCCAGAUGAGCUUGCUCAUGUGGAGAAAGCCAGCCGAGUUUCUGCUGAAAACUUGCAAAAGAAUCUAGAUCAGAUGAAGAAACAGAUUUCUAACGUGGAAAGAGAUGUUCAGAAAUUCCCACCUGCCACAGAUGAGAAAGACAAGUUUGUUGAAAAAAUGACUAGCUUUGUGAAGGAUGCACAGGAACAGUACAACAAGCUGCACAUGAUGCAUUCUAACAUGGAGACCCUUUAUAAGGAGCUGGGCGAGUACUUCCUCUUUGACCCUAAGAAAGUAUCUGUGGAAGAAUUCUUCAUGGAUCUGCACAACUUUAAGAAUAUGUUUUUGCAAGCAGUCAAGGAGAAUCAGAAGCGGCGGGAGACAGAGGAAAAGAUGCGUAGAGCAAAACUCGCCAAGGAGAAGGCAGAGAAGGAGCGGCUAGAGAAGCAGCAGAAGAGAGAGCAGCUCAUAGACAUGAAUACAGAGGGUGAUGAGACAGGUGUGAUGGACAGUCUUCUGGAAGCCCUGCAAUCAGGUGCAGCAUUCCGACGAAAGAGAGGACCCCGUCAGGCCAACAGAAAGGCCGGGUGUGCAGUCACAUCUCUGCUAGCCUCGGAGCUGACCAAGGAUGAUGCCAUGACUUCUGUUCCUGCCAAGGUGGCCAGGAACACAGAGGGAAUCCCCACAAUCCUUGAGGAAACCAAGGAGUUGGUCGGCUGUGCAAGUUAAUCUGGGUUCUGUGGCCACGGCAGCUUCCAUGGAGCACCAGGCUGUUCUGUCCUGCAGCAUGAGCUUGAAGGGUGAUGGACACGUUCCUCUGGGGUGGCCACUCCCAUCACCCCAACCCAGUCUCGCUCUCUGGCCUGCUGCUCUCUGUACAUCAUAUACAGCUUCAGCUCUUCAGUUGCCUGAAGUCCAGGAGGGAAGAGUAGUGUGGGGUAGGCCUGAGUCCAACCCAGCUAGCCCUGGCUGCUGUAGUACCAAAGCAGGCUCCGUGAUUGCUGCCUUAACCCCAAGUGUCUCCUCUGUUACUCUGAGGCCUUGUCUCAGACAAAGCCCCGCCAGCUUUCUCAGCCCCAACUUUGAAGUGGGCUUGCCCCUAGGUCAGUCUUGCCAGGUUUGUGCUUUUCUUUUCUGGUUUCUCUGGUUCUGAGAAAAGCAAGGGGCUUGUGAACCUUUGGGGUAUCUCCCUCCUUUCAUUGCUGUCACCUCUGCUCUUCUCUUCCCUCUCCUGGCUGUUAUUUAUUACUAGUGGUGUGGCAAUUAAAGCUGCCUUUAAGGAAGUAGGGAGCAGAUCCCAUCUUUCUGGGACAGGCCUCCCAAAACAAAAAGUACCUAGACACUUUACCUGUGCUGCAGGGGCCUAGGCCAGAGCCCAUGGGUGGGCAGGCAGGGCAUAGAGACAUUGUGGGACCUGCCCGCCACCCUCAACCUACUGCCAUGCUUACAUGCCCUAGCCUUCCUAGACCUUCUCACCAGCGCCCAGGCUUUCCUGGCCAUCCCCCUUCAGGCCCUCCCCAGAGCUUUGGUGCAUCUCAUCUGGAGUAUGGGCUGUGUUGUGAUCAUCCCAACACCUCAACCUCUUGUCUCCAAGGAAAUAGGAGGUGGAGCCUCCUGGCUGAGAAAUUGUUUUGCAAACGGAUCUAUUUUUGUAUCAGAUAUUUUUUUUUUAAUGAAAAAUAAUUCUUUCCCCUCUUCCCCUACAUAAUGUAAGAGGCUUUGUUGGCCAUAAUGUAAGAGGCUUUGUUGGCAGGUUCCAGAGUCCCUGGGAUUUUUCCCCACAGGCCUCAAUGCUGAACAAGUCCUUGGACCUCCACCUCAGGCCUCAAGCCUUCUGGACCCUUGAGGUCAAUGCAGAUUCUCUCAGCAUCCAGCUCUGGUUGAUCUAUACCAGGCCCAAGAGUAGUGGGAGCUCUGAGACCACAGAGUUUUUAUAAAUUUAAUAUAUUAUCAAGCCAAAUGUGCAGAUGCUAACUGGACACAUGGGAAAGUGGGCACAGGGAGUAUCCACACACACUGACCCCUGCUCUCCCUUCUGAACAGUGUGCAGGCCAAACUGUUCAGUGACACCAGCCACAGGAAGUUCAGAUUCUCUGGCUCAAGGUGACACUCAUGCCUUCCUGUGCUUUCCAGUUCCCAUGCCCUAUAGAUAGGGAGAGAGAAUGGCAUUAUUAAGACUGGAUCCAGAAGUAUAUUUGUUGGAGCAUGGGGGAGCUUAGGAUACCUGCAGGGAUGCUUUGAGGCCAGGAAAGAGGGUUCUGGUCGCUAGAGCUUGUGUGUGCAGGAGCAACACUGCUCCUUUGAGCUAUUCCCAGGAAGGCUGUGGUGCAGGGGCUGCUGAGCCCCUGGGUCCCCUCCUCCUUGCUCACGUCUGGGACUUCAAUCCUUUCUUUUUUAAUCUACUUUUGCUAAAAUGCAUUUAAUAAAAAAUAAAAAGACAAAAUGCAAACAUAUUUCCCUUACCUCUUGGUCUUCUAAGGUGUCAUCAUCUCCAGUUUUUGGAGUUUGUUACCAACUGUAAUAAACCAUUCAGACAGU